UCAUAGCAUCACUUCCUCACUCUGUGCCCUAGUUAUCGCCGGAGAAGGAGAAGCCGGCGAUUAUCCUCUAGUCCAUCGCUGGAGGAGCAAUAAUCUCUACCGACGGUAACGAUGUCGUACGACGAUGUCGAAAUUGAGGAUAUGGAGUGGAACGAAGAGAUUCAGGCCUAUACUUAUCCGUGUCCGUGCGGCGACCUAUUCCAGAUCACGAAGGAGGAGCUCAAGCUCGGCGAGGAGAUCGCGCGUUGCCCUAGCUGCUCGCUCUAUAUCACCGUAAUCUACAAUAUGGAGGAUUUCCAAAACGAAACGAAGAAGAACAACGAGCCUCGAAGCCGACAACCCGUGGCCGUCGCUUGAGCUGAUGCCCCAUCGGAUUGCAAUGGUGGAUUUUUUGGGUCAUAGCAGAUUCCAUGUUGGAGAAACUGGUUUUCGUUCUGGGUUUAACUGAUCUCCUUAUUCGGUGUUGUUUUGCGUGUAGUCCAGGAGACACAGAUGAGCUUUGUCAAUUGCCCCCCAUACGUUUUGCCUGAAAUUGAGUUUAACAAGUUUUGAUUUUUUUUUUUCUGAAUCGUGUGAUAAAUAUUAAAUACGCAGCUUUUGUUUUUGCUUUCUUCUUCGAAUGCUAUUA